CUUAUGAGAUUUUCUUAAAGUCCAAAUUUUUAUUUUCUGGGUUGAAUUUUUUUUGGACAGAUUGAUAGAGCGAAAGAGAGAGAGAGAGAGAGAGAGAGAGAGAGAGAGAGAGAGAGAGAGAGAGAUGGGAUCAUUUGGGAUGCUAGCAAGAAGAGCUGUGCUAACAGAGACACCUGUUAUGGUACAGAUACAGGAGCUGAUCCGAGGUGUUAAAGAUUGUAUAUCUCUGGCUCAGGGGGUUGUAUACUGGCAACCACCCAAACAAGCAUUGGAUAAGACAAAAGAUCUUGUUUGGGAGCCUUCAAUCAGUCGUUAUGGUGCUGAUGAGGGCCUUCCUGAGCUCCGAGAGGCAUUGAUGAAAAAGCUGCGAGCAGAAAACAACUUACAUAAAUCCUCUGUGAUGGUUACUGCUGGUGCUAAUCAGGCCUUUGUGAAUCUUGUCCUCACGUUGUGCGAUGCUGGGGAUUCGGUUGUUAUGUUUGCACCAUACUACUUCAACGCAUACAUGUCGUUCCAGAUGACCGGUGUCACCGACAUUCUUGUGGGCCCCAGUCAUCCAGAAACUCUUCAUCCCGAUGCAGAUUGGUUAGAGAUGACUCUCAAGAAUACUGUACCAAUUCCUAAGCUUGUUACGGUUGUAAAUCCUGGCAAUCCUUCCGGUACCUAUAUCCCGGAGCCUCUUCUCAGGCGGAUAUCAAGUCUAUGCAAAGAAGCGGGCUGCUGGCUUUUGGUUGACAAUACUUAUGAGUAUUUUAUGUAUGAUGGUCGGAAACAUGUUUGCGUCGAGGACGAUCACGUUGCCAACAUAUUUUCCUUCUCUAAAGCUUAUGGGAUGAUGGGAUGGCGGGUUGGAUAUAUAGCAUACCCUUCAAAAGUGGAAGGACUAGCAGAGCAACUCCUCAAAGUCCAAGACAACAUACCGAUAUGCGCCUCCAUAAUCUCCCAGCGGCUGGCGCUCCACGCCCUCGAAGUGGGGCCCGCGUGGGUGACCGACCAGGUCAAAGACCUCGCGAAGAGCCGGGCCCUACUCACGGAAGCCCUGUCCCCUUUGGGCGAGGACGCGGUCAAAGGGGGAGAAGGUGCGAUUUACCUGUGGGCAAAGCUUCCGGAAGAACACGUCGACGACUUUCAGGUGGUCCGGUGGCUGGCGAGGAGGCAUGGGGUGGUGUUGAUCCCGGGCAGCUCUAGCGGGUGCCCGGGUUACGUUCGGGUCUCGUUCGGGGGGUUGAAGGAAGACGAUUGUAGGGCCGCGUCGGAGCGGUUAAGGAAGGGGCUGGAAGAACUGGUGAGUAGGGGAAUGGUUUCUUGAUUUUCUUUGACUCUUGGGGUUAUGUCAAAUUUGUCAUUGCUUUUGAAAGGCAAGUCAACAGUACUAAACCAUUUUUACAGCAAAAAAACGAUAAAUAAAUAGNGGUGAAUGAAGAUGUAUACCAUGA